AUCGAAAUCGAUCUAGAGGGACGGCAUUGUGUUCGAUUCCUGAUGGGGUCUACCAAGUCAGUAGACGCCGACCAAAAGCUACUCAAUUCCAUGCAAUAGUAAUGGAUUGUGAUGAGAAAUCUAGGUAGUCCUGCUGUUUGUUUUCAUGAGGUUUAUGCUACACAAUCGACUACCAUCACGCACACGGGUAAACGGGACCAUUUAGCAGUUUUUCUGGGUUGACAAAUGCAGUAUUCAUCUACCUAAAGAUAGGUCGGAAGCGUAAUUUUAUCAGGCCUUUUUCUCUUCACAUCUUUCCCUGCUUUUGUUGCUAGUGGACAAGUUGAUCUCCUCACUGCACCGUGGGUAUGUUCAAUCGCGGAGCGCCACAACAAAACACCAGCUCAGGUUCUGCUUCGCUACUUGUUACAAAGAAACCUUAUUGUCAUCCCCAAAUCCGUUACACCAAAGCGCAUUUUGGAGAAUUCCAAGAUUUUCGAUUUCACGCUGAGCAAGGAUGAGAUGCAUGUGCUUCAUACGUCUGGAGUGAAUGAACGUCAGUUUAAACUCCUCGGGUAAAUUCUUUCGCUUGUUUGCUUGGUAAUCUUUGAUAUUUCAGAAUGAAGUCAUCGAAGGAGUAUCCUUUCAAUGAUGAAUUCUAAGCCCCGAUGAAUAUGGAGCUCCGUCAUAUUCAGCGCUUGUUCGGUUAUCCUACCGUUGCUUCUGCGUAAAUAUAUUCAGCUUGAUCAUUAAUU